UUGAUUAUGACAGCUGGAAGUGUUAAAACACUGUGACGUCUGUAUACGUUACCCGGAAGUGAAAGCAAAGCGAUCGCUCGGCCUUCUUUUUCUUCUUCUUCUUCUAUGAACGCCAGACACAACAGGCAGCGGAGUCAGACUGAGGAGCAUCAUGGAUCCGAACACCACGAUCCUGCGAGUCAAGAGAAAACGGGGCACCGACCCCGCGGACGCACUGUUGUUGGCCUGCAAACGAAUUCGACCGGAAACGUCCCAGACCUCCAGUGAACCGGUGCCGGAGCCCAAUGAGGCUGAAGUGGAGAAUUCCGUCUUUAAACUCGUGGCCACUGUAGCGACACAGGAUGCACCUGUCCAGACGCAGGUCCGCCAGGCCUUGGCUCGACCCCGUGUGGCACAUGCACUGCGCCCCAAUGCUGCCAGUUCUCAGCGAAUAACAAGCGACUUACGGAGCAUGAAGUGGAGCAACCGAAGGGAUGAACGUUACAGGAUAGUGUCCAGUCACCGUACGGGCCUGUCAGUCACAGCUGAGCAGCAAAGCCUCCCAACAGACGCCUCUGAGAGCACAGGGAAUUCUGGGAAAGAUGAAAGCAAAUCCUGGGGUCAAAUUCAGGUGGUGGAUCUCUUACAUGAAGACUCUGAGCUGGACAAAUUGUCUGGAAAGAUGAUCUCAGACCCAGAAGUCAUUCUGUGUAACAACACAAAGAUGCUCCGUGAGCGUCUGAGCCUGUCUGGAGAACGGCUGGGAGGAGAGCAGCAGGAGCUGGAGGAGGACUACGUCUAUGAUCUCUACUACCAGGAAACAGUCACACCAGGCUGGAUCCAGGACAUCCUGUCUGUCAGGGCCUACGCUGACGAGGGAGAACUGGUGCCCGAUGUUGUCGUUCAUGAAGAGGAGGUGUACGAAGACGAGGACGACGAGAAUGAAGAAGGCAACUGGAGAAACGACUACCCCGACGAAGAGAGCGACGACAGCGACAGAGAGGAGCGCUACGGUGGCUACUGGGAGGAGGAGCAUUCGUACAGCCGCAGGAACUGGGAGCUCUACAGGAGUGAGGUGAUGGACGAGCUGGGAGGUGACGGCGGUGAAGACGACGGCGAGCGUGACCUCGAGGACGGAGACAAAUAUAAUUCGGAUUGAUCCCUCUCCUGUCAGUGCCCUGUGAACCAAUGACAUGACUGUAGGUGAGAGUGGAGGAGAAAGACCGUGACCCCCUGACCCCACACACAAAACACAAACACAAAGGUCAAUUAAGUCUUUGUGUUGUUCAACAGAAAAAAUAAAACAAACCAAAAACCACAGCUGGUCUAGACUCGUUAGACGUACAGCCACGGUACAGAACAGUACCACGGAGUCACGGUCUGAUCCUCCUCCUCCUCACCGCUGCAGGAUGUCAUAGGUGUCAAUUCUUUCCUUUUUUUAAAAGAAGCUGUCAGUGAGAGACUGUGUUUGUUUCCAGUGAGUGUUUGUUCAAAUGUCAGACAGUAGUGCCGUCUGCCUGGUGUGCUUCGCAGCGUUAAGAAUCCUUGUGUCUGUGGCCGUGUGUGUGUGGUUGGCCUUUAGAGCGUCUGCAUGGUGGUGUGUUGGUGUGUUGCCGUGUGGUAGUGACUUUUUUUUUUUUUUUAAUUGCGUACUGAAAAGUGUGUGUUGUGGUGGAUGUGAGAGUUUGGUUCUUUUUUUCUUUUCUCUCUGAAUCUUCACGUCGUUUCUCUUCACUCUUGUCCACAUGAACCUGUAAAUAUGUAGAUGUGUAUAAAAGGAGACACUUUCAAAAAUAAAGAGAACUCAUGUCCAA